CAAAUUUUAAUAAAUCCUGAUUUUCUGUCAAAAAAUCUAUAGAGUGGAUUAAAGCGUUUACGUUUAUUAGAGCGGAGCUUAGCGGUACUUGUGUUGACGUGAUUAUUUUAAGAUAGUAUAGUUUUUGUAUGUAACGCUGAACAAUUCAAGAAACCAAUUAAUUAAAUGAAUCAAUAAAAUGUCUUCCGAAUCUGUUGUGAUCAAGAAAGAGCCGGACACUGAACCGGCAGAAGAACAUAAUAUCGGACACGACCGUGCGCAGAAACAACCCGAAUUUGUGAAUAUUAAAAUUGAAUUUGAACACGUAGACCCUGAAGUCAGAGUAAAGUCAGAACCUAAAUCUGACAAUGAAGACGAACCUGAAAAGGAGCAUGAUUCGUGGCAUGUCCCGGUGACCACUGUGACGGUCAAAGCAGAGCCACUGGACUGCACCGUGAAUACAACUUCGCCGCGAGAGGAGCCCGAGCAGCUGGUGGUAACUCCUAUAAUAUAUGAAGCGAACUCUCAUAAUGUUGAUGAUACGGAACAGCGUCCACAGAAACUCGCAAACGGACAAUUUUCUUGUCCGCUCUGCGACAAAAUCUUCACAACCAAAGGCCACGCUCAGCGCCAUCUAGCCUUGCACUCCCGCACUAACUAUCCCUGUAAUUUAUGCGACAAAAACUUCACAAAAGAGGAACUACUGCAACGCCAUAUAGUGAAACAACAUGAAAGGAGAUUCCCAUGCGAACAAUGUCCUAAAGUGUUCCGCUCCGCGUCAAAUUUGUAUCAACACAAACGCAGUCACUCAACGGAAAAGCCAUACUUCUGCGAGAAAUGCCACAGAUACUUCGCAAUAAAGGCUAAUUUGGCGAAGCAUCAAGGGAAAAGCCGGUGCAGAAGACCGAUAGACGAGCCUAUACAAUGCCACAUCUGUCACAAGAUAUUCGACAAGGAGUUCCUCCUAAAAAGCCAUCUCCGAAGGCACACAACGGAGAAACCGUUCAAUUGCGACACAUGCAAAAUGGAUUUCAAAUACAAAAGUACGUUGUUGAGACAUCUACAGAUUCACAAGACGGAUAAAGAGUUCACUUGUACGGUUUGCAACAAACCAUUCACACAUCCGGGAUUGAUCAAGCCACAUAUGAGAAUCCACACCGGUGAAAAACCAUACGAGUGUCCAGUUUGUAAAAAGAAGUUUUCACAUAAACACAACAUGCAGAGACACACACAGCGGCAUGAGAAAAUCAAGCACACAACAUGUAUGGUCUGCAACAAAAAGUUUCCAAAGGAAAGCCGCUUGAGGUACCACAUGAGGAUACACAGCGAGGAAAAACUUCCAUUUAAAUGUCAGAUUUGCCCGAAAAAGUUCUCCCACAAGCAGAAUAUUGUGAGGCAUUAUAGUAAAAAGCAUCCGAAUAAAACUUAUGAUGAGAAAUUGACUGAUGCCGGUGUCGCUUUAAGGAUCUGGCAGGAGGUGCAGAUGAAAAGCCAGAUUAUGCUGAACCAGGGAAUUAAGCAAGAAAUAAAACAGGAAAUCAGUGAGGAAAAUGAGGAAAUCCUUCCUUAGUUGUGGCUCGAAAUCUGUUUUAUAUUAAUAGAGGUUAACACAUUUAUCGGUAUUAUAUUACUACUAGCGACCCGUCCCGGCUUCGCUCGGGUCGGAAACCAUAAUAAAUUAUACACCUAAAUCUUCCUCUUGAAUCAGUCUAUCUAUUAAAAAAGACACGCAUCAGAAUCUGUUAAGUAAAGAAGCGACUUUUGUUUUAUAAUAUGUAGUGAUUCGGUUUGUCAUUUUGUUUUUCUUUGUUUACAUUAUGCGUCAUGAUUUAUGAUGAUACGAGUACAUUAUGGCGUCUUUAUCCCUUACGAGAUAGACAGAGUCAAAAAGUAGCGAAACAAAAAUCCACGUUUGAAUUGGAAUUGAGAUUGGAUUAAAUUGAAAUUAGAAUUAAGAUCCAAUAGUGAUAGGUUGCUUGCACAUCACCUAUGAGAAGAAUCGCCAGUUUAUAAGUAUAUAGAACUUUCCCUCGAUUAACUUUUACGAUCUGCGCGGGAGAAACAGCUGGCACAUUCUAGCCAAACCAGUAUGGAAGUCAUGAAAGGUAUAUCAAUAUAUCUAUUAACGACUAAAAAUAUUACAAAGUUUCUUACAAUUUUCUUCCAUUACAGUUUUCUUUUCCAGAUAUAGAUGUUUAUGGAGAGCCACACAGUUUUGUUAAAUCUAAAUCCAUCUUAUUCAUAAAAAUAUCUUUCUCUCUCUCUCUCGUCUUUCUAAACACGUUUUGUCCUUGUCAUACAUUCUUUCAAAUGUCAAAUAUGUAUAAUACUAGCUUUUGCCCGCGGCUUCGCCUACGUGAUUAUUUCUGCGAAAGCGCAACAGACUUGAUUUUCAUUUAAACUUUUACCCCCACUUACAGCCAGUUGAGGGUUGAGUUUGAAUAAAAAAAGUAGCCUAUGUUUGAACGGAGUUCUUUUACUACAUGCAUACGAAAUUUCAUCAAAAUCGGUCCAGCGGUUUAGCCGUGAAAGCGGAACAGACAGACUUUCACAUUUAUAUUAUUAGUAUGGAUUGAUGUUUCAGUACAUGUACUUCUUUUAUCGCACAAUAAAGUUUUAAAAUUACAAACUGUUGACAGAGAAAAUUAUAGACAUCGUCAUUAUAGUAUACUACUUUAGUUUUUACGCGCGGUUUCGCCCGCGUGAAUUUCCAACGGGAAGUAUGCUAUAUCAAAUAAACUUAAUUUCGUUUUUAUAGUAUGAGAUUUAUCUAAAUGCUAUUCAAUACUGGCAAGAAAGAGACAAGUAGGAAUACACGAGAAAAAAGAGACAGCACUAAUUUUUCUGUCCCUCAUCGUGUGGUUUUUGGUACAAGGCCAUCUUGCCGCUUUGGCUGAUUCGGUAUACAUUGCUGGCUUUUCAUUGCUGUAAAUACAAGCUCUCAUACAAACUGUUCGUGUCCGUGAUAGUGUGGAACCCAGCAUUAGUCUUUGUUGCAAACAAUAUUAUGUAACGUGAAGUAGGUACAAAAUAUAUUGUAAAAUAACCAAGUAUUAUAGAUUGUGAAAUAUAACUUGAGUCCCAUGAGAGCAGGAUGGAACGAUACAUUCGAAAUGAGAGCGACAAAGAUGGAUGUACAACUUAUAGUAUUGACAUCUGUCACUAUAUUCAAAUUGUAUAAAGUAUUUUUAUGAAUAAACAUAAAUGUCAGUGAUUUUGUUUUAAGUUUAAGUAGGUAUAAUGUAAAUAUAACUAUAGUAAUAGAUUUUUCUUAUUGAUGGCAGCGGAGGCGAGAAUUAUUACUUCGGCAUUUAUAAUUAUUACAUAGGUUAUUAUUUAUUUUUUUUUUUGUAUAAAGUUCCUGUAAUUUAGAAUGUUAUACAUUUUUCGAGUUGACUAAUAAUGUAGGUAACGGAUUUUAAUGCGAAUUUCUAUAGCUAGAUGGAUAGAAGUUAUUUUUUUUCUUUCUUUUCCCGCCAUUAAUUAUAUGAAGAAUGAAGAAAUAUAUUUCAAAUGAAAAAAUAGGCUUUGCGGCGGUGACCACUUCCCAUCAGGUGUGCCGCGUGUCUGCGUGCUUGGCAGUAUAAAAAAACGUGUAAUUUUUUACACCCUUGCAUCAUGGGUGAAAAAGUAGUUAUCUACCAGUCAGAUUUGGUUUGCACGAAAUGUUACGCUGUACAAAAUAUAAAAUAAAAAUAUUUAUGUCAACGUAAGCA